UUUUUUUAAUUUAAAAUCGAAACAAAAAUAUAAUUAACGUCAACGGCGUAACUUGGAAACGCGAGUCUUAGUGCUACUAAAAACGAUGCCCACCGCUCUUGACGCAGAGGUUGCCAACGAGCAGUUCGGAAAUGACCAAGCCAAGUCCAUGUCGGGGCCAAUUAUUGGCAUAAUAUAUCCACCGCCGGAAGUUAGAAAUAUCGUUGAUAAGACCGCCAGUUUCGUGGCACGUAAUGGACCGGAAUUCGAGGCCCGCAUCCGUCAAAAUGAGUUGGGAAAUCCAAAGUUUAAUUUCUUGAAUGGCGGCGAUCCCUACCAUGCCUACUACCGGCAUAAGGUCAAUGAGUUUCGCGAAGGAAAUGGCAAGUACCGCGAUAUCAAUGUUGGUUAUUGUUCUCUAAUAUCUUCUUAUGUAGAUGCUGGGAUUACUGCACUUACGGGUCUAAAGCAGCUAGCCGUGACUAGUGCGGCACAGCAGCGACAGCAGGAGCUGUUGAAACAAGUCGUGGAACAGCAAUUUGUACCCAAGGAACCACCGCCAGAGUUUGAAUUUAUUGCUGAUCCACCAUCGAUUUCAGCUCUAGAUCUGGACAUUGUUAAACUGACUGCGCAGUUUGUAGCUCGUAAUGGUCGCCAAUUUCUCACUAAUCUUAUGAGUCGGGAGCAGCGCAAUUUUCAAUUUGAUUUUCUUCGGCCGCAGCAUUCGCUUUUCCAGUACUUUACAAAGCUAUUGGAGCAGUAUACUAAAGUACUGAUACCGCCCAAAGAUCUGUUGGGUAAAUUGCGCACAGAGAGCGCUCCAGGUCGCAGUAGCAUGAACCAGGUGCUUGAUCAGGUAAAGUAUCGGGCAAAUUGGCAGCGCCAUCAGGAGGCUCAACGUAGACGCGAAGAGGAGAAGAUAGAGCGUGAACGUGUCGCUUAUGCCCAGAUCGACUGGCAUGACUUUGUGGUUGUGGAGACUGUGGACUAUCAGCCCUUUGAAUCGGGUAACUUUCCGCCGCCGACCAAUCCCGAUGAAGUCGGAGCCCGUGUUCUUAUGGAAGAGCGUUUGCUCGAGGAGGAGGGCGGCGAUAUUGAAAUGCAAAUUGAGUCGGAUGACGAAGAAGACACCAUUUUGGCUGCUGCCCAUUUGGAUACAGGCUUAAAGUUAUCUCAAAUGGAGAAUCGCGUUGGCAUUCAAAUGAAGAAUGUCACUUCCUAUAGCCAGCCGGUUAGUGCUAAACGCGAUAAUACCCAAGUCCAAGAUAUGGACGAGGCCUCAAGCGAUGAGGAAUCACCGGGAACAACAAGCAAGCUGCAGCCAAGCGUAGCACCCAUGCUUCCGCCAACACACGACAAGGUUGUGGUCAAGAAAUACGAUCCAAAGGCCACCCAACCCAAGGUUCCACAGCCAAUUACUACUGACGAAUAUCUCAUAUCGCCCAUUACGGGAGAAAAGAUCCCUGCCUCCAAGGUUUCGGAGCAUAUGCGUAUUGGCCUUUUGGAUCCACGUUGGGUCGAACAGCGUGAUAAACACACUGUCGAAAAGAUCAACCAGGAUAAUGUCUUUGCCGCUGGCACAGCAAUCGAGGCCAGUCUCAAGCAGUUGGCCGAGCGACGUACGGAUAUUUUCGGUGUGGGCGACGAAGAGACAGUCAUUGGCAAGAAACUCGGUGAGGAAGAGACCAAAAAGGAUGAUCGUGUCACCUGGGAUGGUCAUACAUCCAGUGUAGAGGCAGCCACUCGAGCGGCACGCGCUAACAUCACUCUCGAGGACCAAAUCCAUCAAAUCCACAAGGUCAAGGGUCUUUUGCCCGAUGAGGAGAAGGAAAAAAUCGGUCCCAAGCCAGUGGGAAACAAGGCCACGCUUUCAGCGCCGCCGCAGCCACCUUCCUCCUCAAAGUCCCAACAUAUGCAUGCUCAGAGUCAGCAUCAUCAAGGAGGCGGCGGUGGUCAUCAUUUGCAUCAUCAGCAGUCACACCAUCAUCAUCAACAUCAACAUCCACCGCCUCCACAGCAUCAACAUCAGCACCAACAUCCACCUCAUCAGCAUCCAGGUCAUCAUCAUCCGCCGCAGCAGCAAUCGCAGGGCAAUCCGGUUAUGAUGAUGCAAAUGCGCCCUCCCAUGAUGCAAGCCCCCUAUGGUGGUGGAUACAUGAACAUGCAGCCUCCACAAAUUUCACCGGCUCCUCCAGUAGAUCUGAGACCCAUGGAGGAAGAGCCGCCGACCAAAAAGAUCAGAAGCGAAGACAAUUUGGUGCCAGAAGCUGAAUUUAUAUCUUUGCACAAGAGUCCUGUGACUAUCCAAGUGCAAGUGCCCAAUACCGACAAAUCCGAAUGGAAACUGAAUGGACAGAUGAUUGCUAUUACAUUAGCUCUCACCGAUCAAAUUGCUCAGCUCAAGGCGAAAUUGCAGGAUGAAACUGGCAUGCCGCCGGCUAAACAGAAAAUUUUCUAUGAGGGCAUGUUCUUCAAAGAUAGCAACACGAUGGCGUUCUAUAAUCUCCUGAGCGGGACCACUGUGCAUUUGCAGGUCAAGGAGCGCGGAGGACGCAAGAAAUAAUUUCUUACUGGAACACUAGUUCUGUAGACAGUUUAUUGACGAAUCGUUUCGCAUAAAUUUGUAAUAAAUGGGUCAAUCACAGUA